UGCAGCUUUCCUCGUACACACAGCUGUUCGUAACUGGUGACAAUCCGAGUCACACAAACAAACGCAGUUCUUUCCUUCUGCCCAUGUCAAGGGGCGCGCGUGGCUGGCUUGACGUCUAACGUUACCGCGCGCUUUGCAUUUGCCAGUACAUGUCCAAGUAUUUGGUACGAGCACGCGGAGCGCCGCGCGUCGAAGACACUGCAGAGCACCACACAUCCUCCGCGAGACCGUCGCGCUGACACGUGCUGAGACCGCGAGGGCAGCAGCGGGCAACGGAUCGCGCUGCACCGCAUCCGCCGGUAACGAGCUGGUGUGAGACACCUCGGCCGGAGCACGCGGAUGACAUCUGCACGCUGACGCCUUUCCACGCGCUAGAUGCCACUUGUAGCGCGGAGUCCGCGACGACGCGCGAGGAGCGCGCCAGCAGAGUGAACGAGGGCUGAAGUUGAGCUCGCGGCCGUUUUUUGCAUCUUCGUAGUGAGUUUGGUGUCUUCGCUUCGCGAGAUUCCUGCACUGCGCUUCGUCGUGUCGCCCAAACUUUCAAGGGAGCAGAGCAGUGACGAGAGAAGAGCAAGAAAGGAGGGAUAGAAGGAGGAAGGGAGACAGCGAGAAGACGCACGCACACAGAGCGAGAGAGAUGGAGGCCCUGUCAGCGGGGUCGGCCACGGUGGACGAUCUGGUGGAGGCGUGUGUCCAGGCGUUUGAUGACGCAGGGAGUCUGCAGAACGGGUCUUUAGUGCGGAUGUUUCUGAUGAUGCACCCCUGGUACCUGCCCUCACAUGAUCUGGCAAGAAAACUCCUGUUGAAGUCUCAGGAGGAGAGCGCCACGCCUGAGGUCAGGACUCGGAUCUGCCACCUGGUCAAGUUCUGGAUCUCAGAGUUUCCUGUAGAGUUUAAUCUCAAUCCAGCUUUAGCUGAACAAAUUAGAGAUCUGAGGGAGAAACUCAACACAGAAGGCAAUGAGAAGGAGAGCCAGCUCAUAAACAUAGAGAGUGUGCCGUCGUAUAAGUGGAAGCGUCAGGUGACCCAGCGCGUCACGUCCCUGUCCAAGAAGAGGAAGAUGUCUCUCCUGUUUGAUCAUCUGGAUUCCUCCGAACUCGCCGAACACCUCACCUACUUGGAGUACAAGUCCUUCUGCAAGAUAAUGUUCCAGGACUACCAUAGUUUCGUGAGACAUGGCUGUACAGUGGACAACCCGAUCCUGGAGCGCUUCAUCUCCCUGUUCAACAGUGUGUCCCGCUGGAUCCAGCUGAUGGUUCUGAGCAAACCCACGGUCCAACAGCGUGCCGCUGUCCUGUGCCACUUCAUCUGCGUGGCCCAGAAACUGCUCCAGCUACAGAACUUCAACACUCUGAUGGCCGUGGUCGGGGGCCUUAGUAACAGCUCCAUCUCUCGCCUCAAAGACACACAUGCCCACGUCAGCAACGACACCCACAAGGUCUUUAAUGAUCUGGUGGACCUGGUCACAUCCUGUGGGAACUACAGUCGCUACCGGCGUCGGUUCUCCGAGUGUGUCGGGUUCCGUUUCCCGAUCCUGGGCGUGCACCUGAAGGAUCUCAUCGCUGUGCAUGUGGCCUUGCCGGACUGGAAUGACCCAGAGAAAACCCAGGUGAACAUGGCCAAGACCCAGCAGCUGUACGCCAUCCUGCAGGAGCUGGCGCUGGUCCAGAACACGCCGCCCAGUAUCGACGCCAACACAGACCUCCUCAACCUGCUCACGGUAUCACUGGACCAGUAUCACACAGAGGAUGAGAUCUACCAGCUCUCUCUGCAGAGGGAGCCAAGAAGCACCAAACCUGCCAACUCAAGCCCCUCCCCCAGCCCAGCGCCUAAGCGACUGUCGGUGAUUGAUGAGUGGGUCGCUGCUGUGAAGCCUAAAGCAGAUCCUGCCCUCAUCAGCAAGCACAUUGAGAAGAUGGUUGAUUCAGUGUUUAAGAACUUCGACACUGAUGGAGAUGGCCAUAUUUCCCGUGAGGAGUUUGAGAUCAUCAGGAAUAACUUCCCCUAUCUUAGCAAGUUUGGAGAGUUGGACACAAAUCAGGACGGGAGGAUCAGCAAGGAAGAAAUGAUUGAUUACUUCAUGAAGGCCAGCUCUCUGCUGAACUGUAAGAUGGGGUUCGUACACAUGUUCACAGAGACCACCUACAUGAAGCCCACCUUCUGUGACCACUGCACUGGGUUUAUAUGGGGCUUCUAUAAGCAAGGAUACAAGUGUAAAGCGUGUGGUGUGAACUGUCACAAGGCGUGUCGCUCACGUCUGGCUGUUGAGUGUCGCAAGAGGACGAGGAGCAUCAGUCACGAGACUCCGACCUCCCGACAGACACGGUCCUACAGCUUCCCUCUACCGUCAAACGCUCCGGCCAGCCUCCAGAGCACGGUGAUCGCAGAGGAGGACAGCGAUGCUGUGAGCGAUGCCAUGCUGGACGUGCAACUGUAGCGCAUGUACUGUGAUCCUCACGUCUGCCAGGUCCUCGCACGCACCGCCGACCCGUCUGCCCAACUACUGCUAACCGAAGUGUGUUAUAAAUGUGGCUUCACAGGUAUGUGGAGCGCCAUCAAACGUGCAAGAACAUUCCUGGAUCACGCAGUGGCCCGUGCACCGCUGGAACACUUGGGUAUAAGGCUAGCAUUCAGGCCAGACCAGUGUUUGUGUGUUCAGGUUCAGGGCAGAGGACUGACACCCAUAUAUGGGCCUUCCUGACCUUAACCUGACUUGUGUAAUAAUGAUGGGGAAAGGAAGGUCGAGGAGGUGGUCCAUUCAUCACUUCAUCACCAGCUCCAGAAACUAAGCUCGUCCAGUAUGACAUACGCAUGCUGCCAUCUUGUGGAUGAAAACUGUAAGUGCACUCAUGCCCCAUUUGAGCCUGAGCUGAAUGCUUUUAACACGUUAUCUGUUUGUCCUCAGCAUUAGUGUACAAUAUUCAGUUUACGUUGUUUUUAUAUUUUAAAUAGACUACAUACAAAUAUAAAAAUGGAAUACAAACCGUUGUCUCAUUCGUACUGAAGGAUGUCAGUAAUUACUUUUGUCUUUAGCCUACCACAAAGGACAAAAUCCUUUAGAAAUACUGUAAUUGCGCAUUUAAUUCAGAAAGUCCUGAGCUGUUGAAGUCAACAAGGCUUCUGUUUCUUCCGUGGCGUUUGUGUUUCUGUUGUGAACUCUGCAAUUUUUAAAAAGUUUUUUGCGGUAAGCAGGACAGUGAAUCUGCAUAGAAAACUUAUCCAUUAAGUGGAAAACACGAUGUAUAAUACACAAAUAAUUCUAUAUAAAUGUAUAUGUGAAAACUGCAGUGAAGGACAGGGUCCUUCAUCAGAGUCUUUCGCUACUGUCCACCGUGCUCACUCCCUUAUGGAAUUAAAAGCUUUGGACUCUUCUAAUUACUUAAAUAAGAAUUUCCAGAUAAUCCAGAUGCUAUUGUCAUGAGAAGAAUUUAAAUGUACUGAGGAAAAAUGACAUAUGGUGCAUAUUGUGUAUGACUUUGUGUACUUCUGUGGCAUGGCUACUGAGAUGUUUGCCAAUAUGCUAAAUGCUUUAUCUUUUUAAUUGUUUUAGCAUGCACAGCAUUUUAUACCGACGUAUUACGUGAGCUUCUGAUCUCUUGGUCCCCAUAUGGAAUCCUUGUAAUCUAAGAGAUGUAAUCUAAGCGAUGUUGUAAUCUAAAAUGCUUUAGUCUAACAGAUGUAAUCUAAGAGAUGUUGUAAUCUAAAAUGCUUUAGUCUAACAGAUGUAAUCUAAGAGAUGUUGUAAUCUAAAAUGCUUUAGUCUAACAUGUUGUAAUCUAAGAGACGUAAUCUAAGCGAUGCUUUAAUAUAACAUGUAAUCUAAGCGAUGUUGUAAUCUGAUUUUUGCGCUGUUUGGUGUGUUGUCUUUUUACUGGAAUAUUCUGCUUUGUGAUCAAAUGAACUUAUUAACUUAUUAA